UCGGUAGCGACAAGCGACAGAUAUGGCAUCCACGCGACUGGAGUCACCCGAGUCUAAAAAGAGGCACGACUGGGAUGAGGGUGCCAACGGACGAGGAAGACUAGGCGACUGCGACGUGUGAAGUCAGUGGGGUAGAGUCGGAUAGAUUGUGGUAAUAUCGAGAGGCCACGGCCACGAGCCACGAUGCCAGGUUUGGCAUGUCAUCAGGCUGAGCUCGAUAGUACUGCAAAGUCCGCAUCGGAGUGCCGGUCGCUGUCCGCUGGGCAGAUGAAAUGGGCAGCCUCACGACGGAUGCGGGUGCUGCAAGAGCAGCGAAGGUGCAGAUCUGCACAGAGAAGAUUUGGGUGUUGUCAAAGAGGCAGCACGCGUGCUGCAUGGGGAGGUGGAUAUUGCCAAAUUGGCAGAAGCGAGGUGCAUUGAGAAUGGCGUCGAAUGCAGAGGUGGGUGUAUUGUUAGUAAGGCGCUCCCUCGGCGGAGGUCCAAUGAUGGUGGAGUGCGGAGCGGGCCCAGCCGUUUCACAGUCCCGAAAGAGCAGGUUAGCAGCCGUCGCGGCCCACCACUGUGCAGUGUGCAGGCCGCGAGCGCGCGGUUCCAGGCGUUCGCACGAGCGAGAUGAUGCGGGCUCCACACGCGCGAAUGGGAGGCGGCGAGCAGGCUGCGCAGUGCGCACUCUACCUGGCGAAGGCCGCUUGGCCGUCCUGGGCGCAGGCGACUCGCGUGCAGCCCGCGACCCCUGCCUUGACUGGCGCGUUCGGUUUCACGAGGCUGGCGCGCAAAACAAGCCGCAGAGAUGGCGAUCGGCACGCAGCGGCGGCCGUGAUGAGCGUGCGACUGCCUCUGCCGUGGCCUGGAUGGCGAGCGCCCGGCUGAGAGGGUGGUCUGGCUGCUUGCGCAGAGGCACAGCGCGUGGUUGCCCAUGGCCAGCUGGCCUCGCACAGUGGGCGCGCAGGCCGCUGGUGUUUCGGCUGGGCAGGCCGCUCGUGGGCCGACCAGGGAGAGCGACAGGGGCGCCGCCGGCCGCCGGACUGUCGAUUGGGCGAAACACGCAGUGCCCCUGGCCAGCAUGGGUGCGUGCACGCCGCGCCGCCGCGCUAACGCCCUCUGUGCCCUCCCCAGUCGGCGCCCAGCCUGCCCUUGCUCAGGGUCAGGGACGCUUCGGCGGUGCUGCGAGCCCGUCGGGCCUCCCAGCUGCACUGCACCCGCUCGACUCCUCUCACGCCCUCCCACGAGCGCCCGAAGAGCCUCAGUCUCGACCUCACCACCGCACGCCGCUGCGCCGUGCUGCUUCCCCUCCUUCUGUGCUCUUCUCGCCUCUUCGACAGAGCGCUGCCGCCUCGCUCUCUACGCCCGCCACCCCAAGGCCUGUUCCGCCCUGCCACCGCCUGCUCAAGCUGUCUCAGGCCUCCUCGGUGCCCAUCGUGUCUUUGAUUCGGGUAGGUCCUGCGCUUCUCUUGUCUCUUCUUUGUGCCGCCUGCAGCAGCAGCUCUAGACCACCACACUUCACUCACUCCAAGUCGACGCGCCCACAGCCGCUCGAACAAAGCGCUCCUUUCUUACACGCGCACAGGUCAUCCGUACCAUCCAGUUGAAUAAGCCUUUUCGUCGGUCGCACUGCUAUACAGCCGCACACUGUCCCCGACAAGGACCUGGAAUUGAACACCGUUGAUUCUCCUGGGCCACCAUCGCUCCGUCAUGAAAUUGAAC